UAUCUUAUUGGGCGUCCACCCGGUGCCAGACCUAGCUUAACCAAGGGUUUUAGCCCAUGAACAUACCCGUUUCGAAGCUAAAACCCUGAAACAUUGUUCUGUUUCUCCUUCCUCCAUUCCUCUCUCAAACUCGAGAUUUUGCAGAUCUUUUGAAAACUCAUUUUCCAGGUAUGCUACUCAAAAUCCGAACUAUUUGCUCAUACUUUCCAAAACUUACACAAUUCGUAGCAUCCCACACAAACCCUACACUCAAUAUUCAAGCAAAACCCAUUUCGAGUCUGAAAGUGGUAUGGCGUAAGGACCAAAAUCUAGACCAGGCCAUAGAAAAGGACAAACAGUUCAAGCUCUGCUCCCGGGUCGUGAAGGAGGUCCUUAACGAACCAGGUCAAGUAAUCCCGCUACGGUACCUCGAGAAACGCCGCGAAAGAUUACGCCUUAACGUCAAAACUAAAACCUUCCUCACCCAAAACCCUGGUUUAUUUGAUGUUUAUUAUGAUAGGAUCAAACCCAAGACUGAACCAGUUCAGUUUCUUCGUGUUAGUAAUAGGCUUAAACUAUUUCUCGAAGAAGAGGAAAGGAUUAUCACGGAAAAUGAGGCUUUGAUUGUGUCUAAAUUGUGCAAAUUGUUGAUGAUGUCCAAGGAUAGGGUUCUUAGUGCAGAUAAAUUGGUUCAUGUGAAGAGAGAAUUUGGUUUCCCGAAUGAUUUUUUGGUCAAUUUGGUGCCCAAAUAUUCGCAGUAUUUCAGGUUAGCAGGGUCCCCAGGGGAAGGGAAAUCGUUUCUGGAAUUGGUUUCAUGGAACCCCGAGUUUGCUAAAUCGGUAAUUGAGCAGAGAUCAGAGGAGGAAUCGAGGGUGACUGGAAUCCGGGCUCGUCCAAAUUUCUAUUACAAGCUUCCACCGGGGUUUUUCUUGAGAAAGGAAAUGAGGGAAUGGGUUAGGGACUGGAUGGAACUUGAUUAUGUCUCGCCUUACGAUGAUAUCUCACAUUUGGAUCAAGCAUCACAAGAAAUGGAGAAGAGGACGGUUGGAGUUUUCCAUGAGCUGUUGUCAUUGUCCAUACACAAGAGAAUUCCGGUACCAAUACUAGGGAAGUUCAGUGACGAGUACAGAUUUUCAAAUGCUUUCUCAAGUGUGUUCACUAGGCAUUCUGGGAUUUUCUAUAUGUCUUUGAAAGGUGGGAUCAAGACGGCAGUGCUGAGGGAGGCUUACAAGAAUGAUCAAUUGGUUGACCGGGAUCCUUUGCUUGAGAUAAAGGAUAAGUUUGUUGAGCUAUUGGAAGAAGGGCGGCGGCAGAGAGCAGAGCAGUUGAGAUUGCAAAGAGAGGAGACUGAGAAGGAUAUGGAGGUGAUGGCUAUAAGGAUGGCAGAGUAGAAGAAGAAAGCUGGCUUUUGAAAGUGGAACAGAUCAGUUUUUAAUGCGCAUGUGCUGAUCAUCUUCCUAAUCAUGAUCAUGGCCAUGCUCUGUGGUUUGUCACUUACAUAGAAGAAGCCUGCUUUGGAGACUACAAUUUUGUAUAACAGGGGACUCUUUUGAACUUCAAGAACCAUGCUGUUGAAGUUUUGUAGAAGAAGACAUGCCCCAUUGGUAAAAUUUAAAGGCUAUUUUCUUAUCAUCAGAUUGAACAUGUAUAUAUUUCAAGCCCUGUUAAAGACACCUACUAUUUUCCCAGAUUUUGUGAACACUAUUACCUCUUCCCAUUAAUUUUGGUAACAGUUCAAUUGUAUCUCCGAGACGACUAUGUUUCAGCAUGGUUUGCAGUCAAUUAUAAUCAGUCAUAAAAUUGCGGAUUGAAGAA